GUUCUCGACGGUGCGCGCCGCUCCCACCUCCUCCGUCGGGCGCGCUCAUCAGCGAUAGCCUCUGCUUGCUCCUUUCUCUCCUUCACCGCCCACCCGUUCCACCGCCCCGCUUCGCCAACCGCAUCCACGGUCCUUACCCCGGUCUUUUCGUAGGCUACCGAGUCUCGAAAACUGAACGCCACCACGCCUCCAAAGCGGUGGUAAGAAGAGCAAGAAUAGAACUGCCGGCGCGCGAUUAUGGCGACUCCACGCUCGCGCCCCGCGACGGCGGACUCGGACGCGACCUCGGCGGCGGCGGGCGCAGCGAACAGAGACUCGAACAUGGUGCGCGCGUCCGUGUUGGACGCUGCGCUCGAGCUUGGGCUCGGCACCAACUCGAAGGUCGCCAAUUGGCUCUUCAACCCGGUCGCGGAAGAGGAUGAGGAAGAGGAGACUGGGGCGGCGGUCACGUCGCCCGGCCUCACUGCCGCUUCCACCUCGGAAGAGUCGAUGUCGGCUGCGGUGCGCACGCCGGGAGAAGGCGUGCCCCCCGAUCGGUUUAUCCGACAGCUCGAGUACGAGUCCAAACCGCCUAGCCCCGAGUCGGGCAUGCAGUUCCCGCAACGACUCGUUCGGAUCGACUCUUCCUCGCCCCGGCCUUCCGCCGGGAACUCUGCUGCUCCCUCACCUCUUCCUGGUUCAUCUGGCCUUGCAUCGUCAUCUUGGAGGGGAAACAGGCUACGGAAAGCUAAGCCGGACGGGUACGAGAGCGACGGCGGCUACGUCAGUGACGGAGGCAAAAAGUCGAAGAAGGACGAGAAGAAGGAGAAGAAGGAGAAGAAAGAGAAGAAGAAGAAGGACAAGGACAAGGGGGGCGGCGGAGGAGAUACGGAGGCGGAGAGUGAUGCCGGGUACCUCUCCGAGGCGACCUGGCGAAAGAAGAAGGAUAAGGACCGGCGGGGGACGACGAAGAAGAAGGACAAGGGGGCGACGCCGGGCGAUGAAACGGACGGAGGCAAUGUUUCGGAGGCGAGCACCUCACGCAAAAAGUCCAGAUUUGGAUCGUCGCGCAACACCCCUUCCUCGCCCGGUGGUGACCAUUCGGAUGGCGGCUACCUGUCCGAGGCGUCCCAGAAGGCGGCCAAGAAGAAAAAGUCGUUCUUUCGCCGCCGAAAAGACUCCGCCGGCGCGUCUUCCAACGCAUCGCCAGUGCGCGAGGCGCCACCUCCCGUGCCCGCUCUCCCGCUCCCUUCAGCGUUAGGGAUGGGUGGGACACCGAGCGGAUCGGGGCCGUCACCAGGCGCGGUGUUACCCAUCGCGGAGCGAUUCGCGAGAAGCGCCGCGGGCACUCCGACUCCUGCCUCAGGAAGCAUAAGGGGGCCCGACUCGGCCAGCAGCACGCCCGGCACAUAUGCGACCUCGAACCCGUACGACGGCAUGGCUCACCGCGCAUCUGACGCGUCCGAAGCGACCAGCGUGACCACUGUUGGCUCGAGUGCGACCUUCGCCGACGACCCGGACAGCACCGACUCCUUCACCUCGCUUACUUCCGCCUUCGCCGAUGCGCAGUCUGUACGCACCGGCUUCGGCUCCGUCUCAACGUUUGACCACUCGCACUUUCAUUUCCACGCCCCGCAGACGUCCUCUGGCCACUCGCACGAACAGCAGCAGCAGCAGCAGCAAUUGCGGGCUUACCGCCCAUCGCCGCUCUCCAUUCCCGUCGCGCCGGAUCACCACCCAACGAGCGGGAACAUGUCCGCUGGGCUCGGCGGUCUCGACGCAUUCGUGUCAUCGAACGGCGAGCGUCCUACGGGAGAGGUUGAAAAACAUGAAGAGGACGACCAGACCUCGCCGAGUGCCCCGCUGGUGACGCCGCCAACUCCGACCAACCGGCAGGGGCUCUCAAUCAACACCGAUCUGUCCUUCCGCGACUGGAAGUUCCCCCGUCGCCAGCCCAAGCCCGAGUCAAAACCCCAACCGCCCGCCCUGUCCCUCUCAACGUCUACCUCGGCCCCGGCUCCCUCCGACCCUUCCGCGCACUCGUCGUCUUCCUCGGACGAGCCUUUGUCGUCGUUCGUGAUGCCCUCACCCGUACCGCCCUCAGCUUCCUCUCCCUCCCCACUUGCGGCACGCUCGGCCUCACCCCAGUCCGGCUCGCCGCCGCGCUUCAGCUUGGCGCGCCUCGGGUCGCAGCUGCGCGUGCACACCGGCUCGUCAGGAGGUCGGAGCCCUGCGAUCCGCACUGUCGCGUCGAGCCCGGCACUCGCCAGGAUAGGACUCCCGCCAAGCCCAAACCCACGCUCUGCCGCACCGUCCCCAGUGUCUGGCCUGAAACGCGCACCCUCAGAACUGCGCGUCGACGCGAUCUCGUACCCGCUCGGCCGCGCACCCAGCCCGUCGCCCAACCCCGCCGCGCGCGCUACGAGCCCCAACCCCGGGACCGCGCGCAGCCCGAGCCCGCUCGACCUGGCGCCGCCGUCCAAAUCCGCAUUCGUCCACUUCGACCUACCGCCGCCGAGCCCGCCGCCGACAGGUCCGCUGCCGCGCCCGCCCCAGGACGUUACCCGCGCGCCUUCGCCGUCGCCCGCGCGGCCGCCUCCGUCCGCGUUCGUCGCCUCGCCGUCGCUCGGACAGCAGGGCGUGCCGCCGCCGACGCCGCUCUCCGCGUCAACCUCUUCCUCGCGGUCGCCCGCGUCCGCCGCCGGCGGCCUCUUCGCCCAGCCGAUCCCGUCCAUCGAACGCGGCCGCGCGUCGCCGUUCCCGACGCGGCCGAUCCUGCCCCGCGACGACUCGGAGCGGCUGACGCGCAAGUCGUCGACGACGCGGCAGCGCGUCGCGCGCCUCUCGCGCUCGAUCUCGCCCAUCGACGGGCGCCCGGAGGGGCCCGACGAGAGCGCGAACGUCCCGCUGUGGGAGGCGAGCUUGCGCAGCGCGGCGCCGAACGGCGGGGGCGGUUGGGGAAGGCUGGAGGAUCGCAGGGCGAGCGAGCAGUGGCACCCGAUGAGCGCGAGCGCGGCCGAGCCUGGCGGACGCCGCGACGUGUUCCUCAACAGCCCCGUGGGCGGGACGUUCGGGUCCGAGAACGGCGGUCGCCCGCACGCGCCGCAGGAGAGCAUGUCGAGCGUGGGCAUCGACGUCGAGGUCGCGAGCGAAUUCGGCGUGGAGGAGGACGAAAGGAGGAGGAGACGGAGACCGCGCUCGACGGCGUCCGACGACGACGACGACGACGACGACGACGCCAUGAACCCGGAUCUGCAGAGCGUGCUGCGCCGGUUCCGUGAAGAGUCGGGCGAGACGUCGUUCGCGGACAGCGAUCGCAGCUACCGCUCGCUCGCGGACUCGUCCGCGUCCGCGUUCGACCAGCUCGUCGACGCCGUCUCGGGCCCGGGCUCGUCCGGGCCGCCGAGCGCGGACGCGCUCGCGACGGGGCCGUACGCGCGCUGGGCGAGGGACGAGGACGCGGACGCGGACGCGGACGAGCGCUCGGUGUACCCGGACGAGGACAAGACGGCGGGCCGGAGCACGAUGUACUACCUCGAGGGCCGCUCGGACGAGGACCUGGCGGACCUGGACGCGUACAGCCGCGGCUCGGUGUGGAGCCGACGGAGCGUGAUGGACGACGAGAAGAGCGGGGAGGCGAGGCAGCGGUUCGUGAAGAGGGUGGAGAUGAUGUUGAAGAGCGAGCAGAUCCCGCCCGUGCCGAGGCUGGACCCCGGCGCGUGGGGGACGCAACGGUCGUACCCGUCGACGAAUAGAUGAGAGCGCGCGUCGUUGGAUGUUUUCUUUUCUUCGUGCGCUUCGGUUCAUAUUUAAAUUCACUCGCUGUUCCGGUUACAUGUCGCUCGUGUAAAACCCGCCUGUUGAUUUAGUCGUGCUAUCUCAUCCGC